UUUUUAUAUGGGGAGCAGAAUUGUCUCUGCAGCUGAGGCUUAACAAUGCUAUUUUCUUUGUAGCGUUUUUAAAUAUAUGACACUUUGUGGUAUCUUGGUUGGAAAAUUGCUAGUGCUAUCACAAACUUACUCUUCAAAUUGAAACUUUUAACGUGUGUGGAUAUAUUAAUGUUUUAUAAAAAUGAUUGUUUUUGAUUUAAUUUAAAUAGUAAUUUAAUUUCUACUCUCUAGUUAACGUAAUAGUAAUUCUUUGAUGAUUUGUUGGUUUAUAAAGGUUCAGCAGGUGUUCUGCUUGUUUCACUUUCAUUCUUUUUAUCUUUAGAGUAAAUAAACCCACUUUAACCCCCGCCGUAUUCAUGUCAUAAUGAACUCGGGGACAUUUUUGCCUGUUUGUAUCUGGUUGGCGUCUCGUGCCCGGGCCGUGGUUGGGGCUGCGGGGGCGGACGCGAGCGCAGCCAUCCAAUGGGAUCAGCGAUGGGAGGGAGUUUGUCCAACUCCAGCUUUGCCCCAACUUACUGGGACUCCUGAACACAAUAUGACUGAAGAAUCUGCACCGUUAUUCCACGGGACGGUGCGUGCGCUCAGCCGCCUGCAAACGCGCCCUGGAACUUUGGGUCUUCGCGCAUCUCCUGGGAAGUGUGGGAAUUAUCUUUUGCUCUUUUCCUUUUUUAUUCACACUCCGGCAUGAAAACAUUUUAAGAAGCUGAAAUGAAACUUUCCUCUUGAGCUGCAGGGAUAAUUGUCUCCAUUCAGAGGAUUUAGUUGCUGCGCUGGAUAAAAUUACACUUGUGGAGUAUUUGGGGACGUUUGAGUGGAAAGAAGCGCUGCGGUCUUUUAUUUUUAACUGACCUUUUUUUUGCCCUGCAUACUUUGUGGAAUACAAUGAUUUAGGGACUCGUAAAGUUGAUGAAUCAAAGGCAUGGACUUUGACUGAGAAAGGUGGGCAGGUUAACGGACCAUGGCACUCGCAGGUAGCGGCUCUGGCCGGUUUCACUUCAUUCUACUUUUAUUGUGGACUCUGUCGCGGUACUCAGCAUCCAGCCAGGUUCGACAAGAGUUUCAGGUCCUGGAGGAGCAGCCCAUCGGCACCUACGUGGGCACAAUAGAAACCAAGUCCAGCUUCACGUACCGCUUCAGUGAAAACCACAAACUUUUUGCAAUUAACGGCACCACUGGGGUGAUUUACACCUCGUCGGUGAUUGACAGAGAAGUUUUGCAAAGUGACGUGAUUAAUGUUGUGGUGCUGUCCAGCCAGCCCACUUACCCCACUGAAGUUCGGAUAGUGGUUCUGGAUAUUAAUGACAACUCUCCGGUGUUUCCAGACGCCUCCAUAGUGGUGUCCUUUAAAGAGGACGCCAGCAGCGGGAGACAGGUGAUCCUGGACACAGCCACAGACUCAGACAUAGGGAGCAACGGGGUCGAUCACACCACCUACAAGAUAGUGAAAGGCAACGAGCAGAGGAAAUUCCGCCUGGAUAUCACAGUCAAUCCUAGCGGAGAGGGGGCAUUCUUGCACCUUGUUUCAACCGGAGGCUUAGACAGAGAAGUUACUCCCUUCUACCAGCUUCUGGUUGAAGUGGAGGACAAAGGAGAGCCAAAAAAGUUUGGUUACCUGCAAGUAAAUGUCACCAUCCAAGACAUCAAUGACAAACCUCCUGUUUUUGAACAAGAUCAGUAUCAGGUCAGCGUGUUUGAGGAUGCUGCUGUAGGUUCAAGUAUCCUGCAGAUCACAGCAUCAGAUGAGGAUGAGGGAGCCAAUGCAGAAAUCAAAUACUUUUUAGAUGAAGGCACCCCCUUCCUGAUUGACCCCAGAGUGGGAACCAUUGUUAUAAAAGAGGGUUUGGAUUAUGAGAGUAAGAGGGAGUACUCGCUGACCAUACACGCUGUAGAUAAUGGUGUUCCCUCGCUGUCAGGCAGAACUGAAGCGACAAUCAAACUUUUAGAUGUGAAUGAUAACGACCCUGUUGUGAAGUUCAGAUAUUUCCCCACCACUUCUAAAUUUGCCUCUGUUGAUGAAAAUGCCCAGAUUGGUUCAGUUGUAGCUUUGCUCACCGUUUCAGAUGCAGACUCCUCCACUGCUAAUGGAAACAUAUCUGUUUCAAUCUUAGGGGGCAACGAGCAGAGACACUUUGAAGUGCACACGUCUGCUGUGCCUAAUUUAAGUCUGAUCAAAGUGGCCAGCGUGUUAGACAGAGAGAGAAUUUCCUCGUACAACCUCACAGUGUCUGUGUCUGACAACGGCAAACCCAUGUCCAGGUCAUCUUUUGCCAGUCUGGUUAUUUUUGUGAAUGAUAUCAACGACCACCCCCCUAUAUUUCAGGAAACGCUGUACAGAGUAGAUAUCAGUGAAGACAUACCAAAAGGCAGCUACAUUAAAGGGGUUUCAGCAACAGAUGGUGAUUCUGGGCAGAAUGCCAACCUGCGCUACUCACUGGUGUCUGGAAACACUUUGGGCUGGUUCUCCAUCAGUGAAAACAGUGGUCUGGUUACCAGCGCCGCAUUGCUGGAUAGGGAAAUAGCACCUGAGAUUGUUCUUAACAUUAGUGCCAAAGACCAGGGGCUGCAGCCCAAGAUUUCGUACACCAAACUGAUAGUAAACAUCACAGACGUGAAUGACCAAGUGCCUACAUUUACACAGAGCACAUAUCACGUUUCCCUAGUGGAACACGCUCCUGCUGGCACUGAGCUGGUGCAGCUUUCUGCUUCAGACGAUGACCUCGGGGCCAAUGGAACUAUCCGGUUCUCAUUUAUUGCAGACACUCCGGCCAACGUCCAGGAGCUGUUUCGUCUGGAUGCCAUGUCAGGUCAAUUAAGCACGGCUGUGGAGCUUGACAGGGAGGACCAGGCCUGGUACUUGCUCCACAUCCAGGUGGCAGAUGCAGGCAGUCCUCCUUUGCACUCAGUAGGAAAAGUUAACAUCACCAUUUGGGACAUUAAUGACAAUAGGCCAGUUUUCUACCCAGUGCAGUAUUUUGCCAACGUGAAGGAGAACGAGCCCUCGGGUACUUAUGUAACCACUGUUUCAGCCACAGACCCCGAUUUAGGGCGAAAUGGCACAGUGAAAUAUAUAAUUACUGCUGGAGACACUUCAAAAUUCCGCAUUAACAGCAACACAGGGGAAAUUACCACGCUUGUGCCCCUGGAUAGAGAGGAGAAAACUGCUUACCAGCUGCAGGUGACGGCAGCAGAUGGAGGAGGCCUGCGCUCAAACACCCAGGCCAUUGUGACUGUAACUGUUAUAGACACACAGGAUAACCCCCCAGUUUUCACUCAGAAAGUAUACAGCUUUGUCAUGUUUGAAAAUGUUGCUCUUGAGACAGUUAUAGGGAUAGUGUCAGCCAGCACUGUUGAUCUGAACACCAAUAUUUCAUAUCUGAUCACCUCUGGGGAUCAGAGAGGAGUUUUUUCUGUGAACAGUGCAGGUCAGAUCACAGCUACCAGUCAGAUUGACAGAGAAGAGCAAGGAUUUUAUCAGCUGAAGGUUGUAGCCAGAGCUGGGGAAAUCCCAGGGGAGGCCAUUGUUAAUGUAACCGUGAAGGACUUAAAUGACAACGCUCCUCAUUUUAUUCACUCUGUGGAGCAUGUGAGUGCUGUAGAAAACUGGAGCACAGGUCAUGUCAUAUUCCAGGCCAAAGCGCCCGAUCCUGACGAAGGUCCAAACGGCGUCGUGGUCUAUAGCCUCAAAGAAAAUCCCAAGGGCUUGUUCCACAUCCAUGAGAAGCACGGCCUGAUCACGCUAACUGGGCCACUGGAGGUCACAACAAGUUCCUACGAGAUUGAAGUCAUUGCUUCUGACAUGGGGGUUCCCCAGCUCACAUCCAGCCUCAUCCUCAUUGUCAGUGUUUAUGAUGUCAACGACAACUCACCUGUGUUCGACCAGCUCUCGUACGAAGUCAUUAUCCUGGAGUCUGAGCCUGUAAACAGCAGGUUUUUCAAAGUAGAGGCCACAGACAAAGACUCUGGUCUUAAUGGGGAGAUUAUGUAUGACAUCACUGGUGGCAACACAGGUGAUGUGUUUGGGAUUUUCCCAGAUGGGCAGUUAUACAUCAAAGUAGAGCUGGACAGAGAGAUCCAGGACAGAUACAACUUAGUGGUUGUAGCCAAAGACAGAGCUGUUGAACCACUGAGUGCCACUGUCAACGUCAGUGUGAUCCUAGAUGAUGUAAACGAUAACCGCCCGCUGUUUAACAGUACCAGUUAUGUGUUUCAUUUUGAGGAGGAGCAGAAGAGGGGGUCUCUUGUUGGACAGGUGUUUGCUGAGGAUAAAGACUUUGGCCCCAACAGUGAGAUCAGAUAUGCAUUUGAGACUCCCCAGCAAAACUUUGAGCUGAACGCCAUCACGGGGGAGUUGACCAGCACUCUGCAGCUGGAUCGUGAGUCACUCAUGAGACAAAGAGGCACUGCUGUUUUCAGCUUUGUGGUGGUUUCAUCGGACCAGGGUCUCCCCAAGCCCCUCAGAGACCAGGCCAAAGUUCAGGUUUACAUUCAAGACAUCAACGACAACCCACCUAAAUUCACCAAAGACAUUUACCAGGCCUCUAUCUCCGAGUCAGCUCAAAACAUGACUCAGCUGCUGCGGGUCUCUGCCUCAGAUGUGGAUGAGAACAAAAACGGACUUGUUUAUUAUCGCAUUGUUGAAGGCAACGAGGAAAGCCAGUUUACAAUAGACGGCAGCUCUGGACAGGUGACUCUAGUUGGAAAACUUGACUAUGAAACUACAUCUUUGUACUCCCUAAAAAUCAUAGCUGUGGAUGCUGGAGUUGUGCCUUUGUCUUCUUCUUGUAUGUUGAGUAUUAGCAUCUUAGAUGAAAAUGACAACACCCCCUCCUUCCCUAAAUCCUUGCUGACUGUGGACGUUCUGGAGAACAUGAGGACUGGGGAACUGGUGGCUUCUGUGACUGCCACUGAUGCAGAUUCUGGUCAGAAUGCAGACAUAACAUACAGCAUCUCAGCCACCAACAAUCAUGGGACUUUCAGCAUCAGCCCCAGCACUGGAAGCAUCUUUUUGAUCAAAAGGCUGGACUUUGAAACACAAUCAAUAUACAGAAUUAACAUCACUGCAAAGGACAAUGGCAGACCACCCCGAUUUUCAUUCAUACCAGUGGUUAUUCAUGUUCGAGACUUUAAUGAUAAUCCUCCGGUAUUUGCUCCUGGAGAUAUUUUCAAAUCAAUUCCUGAAAAUCUUCCCAUCUCUGCCUCAGUCAUGACUAUCACAGCUCACGACACAGAUGCGGACAUAAACGGGCUGCUGGAGUACUCUAUUGUUCAACAGAUUCCUCGAGGAAAACACUUCAGAAUUGACCCAAGCAGCGGGCUCAUUUACACCAGCAAGGAUAUUGACAGAGAGUUCUCCAAUCUGUUUGAGCUGACAAUCAAAGCCAUGGAUCAAGCCGUUCCAGCUGAAUUCCGCAGAUAUGCCCUGAAAAAUGUUACAAUAUGGGUCACAGACCUGAAUGAUAACAUCCCUGUUUUCGUGUCCCAGAGUGCACUUGUGGCUGAGUCGAACAUAGUCAUUGGCUCUAUCUUGACUACUGUAAUGGCCUUUGACCCUGAUGAUGGUGCAAAUGGGGAAGUGGAGUAUGAGCUGGUGGAAGGGGACUCAGACACCUUCAUCAUGGACAGGUACAGCGGGGAUAUUCGCCUGGCUUCCCAGCUCGUCCCAUCUCGAAUCAUGUACACCCUCACAGUGUCAGCCACUGACCACGGUACCGACCGCAAGACCUCCAGAACUGAGCUCACCAUCAUCCUCGAAGGGAUGGAUGGGCCUGUGUUCUCUCAGCCUAAAUACAUCACUAUUCUCAAGGAAGGCCAGCCGCCAGGCACGAACGUCAUCUCUCUGGACGCCUCGAGCCCGAGAGGGUCUGCAACCAAAGUGGAGUAUUUCAUCGUGGCAGUACGCAGUGGUGGAAAAACCGUGGGACGCCUUUUCAACAUUGGCCGCCACACUGGAGUGAUACAGACAGCUGCUGAGCUGGACAGAGAACAAGGGUCCGACCUCUACCUGGUGGAGGUGUACGCCAUCGAGGCAGAUGCCAGUCAGCCCAGAACACAGCGUGCUGAGGUGGAGAUCACGCUGCAGGACGUCAACGACAACCCACCAGUUUUUCCUAAUGAUAUUCUUGAUGUGACCAUUGAGGAGAAUGUCGGAGAUGGCUUCAAGAUAAUGCAACUAACAGCCACAGAUGCAGAUCAGGGUCCAAAUGCUCUUGUGACGUACACCAUCAUCAGCGGGGCAGACGACAGUUUUCGGAUUGACCCUGAAUCCGGUGACCUGAUUGCCACCAAGAAGCUGGACAGGGAACGCAGAUCCAAAUAUUCCCUUCUGGUGAGAGCAGAUGAUGGAAAACAGUCGUCCGACAUGAGGCUGAACAUCACUGUCAAAGACGUCAACGACCACACGCCCAAGUUCUCCCGAGCAACAUAUUCAUUCGAUAUCCCUGAAGACAUGGCACCAGGCUCCAUCGUGGCGGCAAUCCUGGCUAGCGACUUGGACUCAGGGGUGAACGGAGAGGUCACCUACUCGCUAGAGGAGGAUGAUGAAGACGGGACCUUCCUCCUCAACCCUGUAACCGGAGUUUUCAACGUGACACGCUCAUUGGACUAUGAGACUCAGCAGUACUAUAUUCUAACGGCGAAGGCUCGGGACGGCGGUGGGCAGGCCAGCACAGUCCGAGUGUACUUCAACGUGUUGGACGUGAACGACAACCCGCCCAUCUUUGACACCACCAUCUACAGCACGUCUGUGUCAGAGAGUCUACCGCCCGGAUCCAGUAUCAUCACUGUUGUGGCCAGUGAUGCUGAUGAUGGUCCAAAUGCCCAGCUCCUUUACUCAAUAGCAUCUGGUGAUCCUCACGGCCACUUUGUCAUCACAAAGGAAGGGGUUCUAAAAACAAAGAAGACACUGGACCGAGAAACCCAGUCUUUCUACAACCUUGUGGUCACAGUGAAUGACCUGACGCCGCCUCUCAUCACCCGCCUUACCAGCACUGCUCAGGUGUCAAUCAUCCUACUGGAUGUCAACGACUGCCCUCCAAUCUUCACGUCCCAGAAGAUGACCUACAUCCAGGAGAACACCCCAGUGGACACAGUGAUCUUCACCGCCCAGGCCACAGACGCUGAUAGUGGACCCAACAGCUAUGUUGAGUACUCCCUCAGAGGGCCCUUUGGUAAUAAGUUCAGCAUCAGCACUAUAGAUGGAGAUGUCAGGCUGGUCGGGGAACUUGACCGCGAAGAACUUUCCAACUACACGCUCACAGUUGUAGCCACAGAUAAAGGUGAGCCACCUCUGUCCUCAACUAUGGACAUCACCAUGAUGGUGCUGGACGUUAACGACAACACGCCGAGUUUCUCACAGAACAUCUACGACAUUGAAAUUGAGGAGAACAUCUUAACUGGCUCUGACAUCAUCCAGGUGUUUGCUAGCGACGCGGAUGAUGGCACCAAUGGGCAGAUCCGGUUCUCUGUCGCUGGGGGCAACACCAACAAUGAUUUCAGGAUCGAUUCAGUCACAGGAGUGAUCUCUGUCGCCAAAAAGCUUGACCGUGAGACACAGUCAACCUAUUCACUGGUGGUCCAAGCAACAGACCGAGGUAGCAGCCCCAGAUUGGACCGUUCAACUGUCAACAUUGUUUUAUCAGACGUCAACGACUGCUCACCAGUGUUUGAGCUCUCUCCCUACAUUAUCAACGUUAAAGAAAAUCUGGAGAACCUCCCCAGAAACAUUCUGCAGGUCGUUGCCCGAGACGACGACCAAGGUGCGAACGGACAGCUAAGCUACAUGCUCAGUGGUGGGAACGACGAGGGAGCAUUCACUCUGUCAUCCAGCGGCCAGCUGAGUCUGACUCAGACGUUGGACCGAGAGGCUCAGGGGAAAUACAUCCUGCUGAUCACAGCCACUGACUCAGGUUUACCUUCCCUGAGCGGAACAGGAACAGUCACGGUUCUGGUGGACGAUGUUAAUGACAACAUCCCAGUUUUCACUUCCCCCACUUUCCACACAACCAUAGCAGAGGACGCUCCAACAGGAACAGACGUGCUUUUGGUCAACAGUUCAGACACAGAUGUGGGCAUCAAUGGUGUCAUAAGUUACAGCUUGAGCGGGGGACAUGGCCAGUUCUCGAUCAACCCAGCCACAGGACAGAUUAUCACUAGCUCCCUGCUGGACCGAGAGGAAAGGGCCAAUUACCAGCUGCUGGUUGUUGCAACAGAUGGAGGGCAGCCUGAGGGCUUGUCCAGUUCAGCCACGGUGUCUGUGACGGUGUCCGACAUCAAUGACAACCCGCCACGCUUCCAUCACCACCCGUAUGUCACUCAUAUCCCUGCCUCCACUGCAGCAGGUUCCUUGGUUUUCGCUGUCACUGUCACCGAUGAGGACUCAGGUUCAAAUGCCCAGCUGCACUAUUCCCUGAUGGGGCGUAACUCGGAGAAAUUCAAGAUUGACCCAGUGAGAGGUGCCAUUAUCGCCAACGAGAGGUUGACUGGAAGUUCCGAAGUUACCCUCACAGUUCAAGUUAAAGAUAGUGGUUCUAACCCCAAAACGGACAUGACAACGGUGACUGUUCGAUUUGUUACUGGAGGAAACUUUCCUGUCAUCAAGCUGAAGGAGCGCAGCUUCACAUUUCCAGAGAAUCAGCCCAACAACCACAUAGUUACAACAGUGAUGGGGUCUUCAAGGAGGGGUGGACCAUUGUCGUAUUACAUUGCAAGUGGCAAUCUGGAUAAUGCCUUUCAUAUAGACCAGCUCUCAGGGGAGUUAUCCAUCAGACAUCCUCUGGAUUAUGAGCACAUUCAGAAAUACGUUCUGUGGGUUGAAGCCAGAGACCAAGGCUUCCCACCUUAUUCCUCCUAUGAGAAACUGGAAAUAACUUUGCUUGAUGUUAACGACAAUCACCCAGUGUUUGAUAAAGAUCCAUUUCAUGCUGACAUCCUGGAGAAUCUCUCACCUCAGCGUGUGCUGAUAGUCUCUGCCAUUGAUCUUGACAGCGGCCCUAAUGGACAACUGGAAUAUGCCCUCAUUGAUGGCAACAAAGAAAACAGUUUUAGUAUCAAUCGAGCUACUGGUGAAAUACGAACCACUAGGCCAUUGGACCGAGAGAAGGUGGCACUGUACACUUUGAAAGUAAAAGCCACUGACCGGGGCUCGCCACCCAAAAACACAGUAGUGAAAGUUCUAAUCAAGGUUUUAGAUCUGAAUGAUAACGCUCCACGGUUUUCCAAGAUAUUUAGUGCUACAGUGGCUGAAAAUGCUCCUGUUGGCUACACUGUCACCAGAGUCACCACCACAGACGAGGAUGCUGGUUCAAAUGCUAUUAGUCGAUAUUCAAUUACAGAUACCAGCCUUCCGUUCAGUAUUAACGCAAACACAGGAUACAUAACAAUCAGCAGGCCACUCAAUAGAGAGGACACCAAUCACUACAUUGUCAAAGUGACUGCACAUGACUCUGGCUGGACAGUAAGCACAGAUGUCACCAUUUUUAUAACAGAUAUUAAUGAUAAUGCCCCAAGAUUCAGUCGCCCUUCUUACUAUCUGGACUACCCAGAGCUCACUGAGGUGGGCUCCCUGGUCACACAGGUGUCUGCCACUGAUCCGGACGAGGGUGUCAAUGGCAAAAUUUUCUAUUUCAUCCGAUCCCAGUCAGAAUAUUUUAGAAUCAACUCCAGCACAGGAGAGGUUUUUGUGAAGCAGCAGUUGAAAUAUCAAAAUUCCACUGGUGCUGGUAGUUUGAAUAUAAAUCGCCACAGCUUCAUUGUCACAGCCUCAGAUCGAGCAGUUAAGCCUUUGAUGAGCGAGACAACGGUGAUUGUAAACAUUGUGGACAGCAACGACAACCCACCUGAGUUUGACUCACCUAGCUACUUCACUCCAGUCACUAAAAGUGUCAAAGUUGGCACCAGACUGAUCAGAGUUGUAGCACAAGAUAAAAAAGACUUUGGCCUUAAUUCUGAAGUUGAGUACCAAAUAAUAGGAGGAAAUAGUUCAGGUAAAUUUAGAUUGGAUAAAACAAGCGGAUGGAUUACUGUUGCCUCUUCCCUCAUGUCUGAUAUAAAUAAAAUGUACCUCAUUGACCUCUCUGCAAGUGACGGAGGAAAUCCUCCUCUUUCAGCCAAAACAACACUGAGAAUUGCAGUCACAGAGGAAAACCACCACACGCCUGAGUUCUCACAAAGCCAAAUCUCAGCCACCGUACCUGAAAGCCUUGCUGUUGGAACAGCAAUAAGGACCCUUUCUGCCAGAGACAAAGAUAAAGAAAUGAAUGGCCUUAUCACUUACAAUAUAACUUCAGGCAAUGAGAAAGGUUUGUUUGCACUUAACAGUAAAACCGGAGUGUUGACAUUAGCUCAACCAUUAGACUUUGAAGAGAAGCAGCAACAUGAGCUCAGAGUUUCUGCCACUGAUGGUGGUUGGAUUUCAAAAACCAGCCAUGUCUCUGUCACAGUACAUGUCACAGAUGUGAACGACAACUCUCCUGUUUUUGAUCCUGAUGAGUUCUUCCCCGAUGUACAAGAAAACGUUCCCAGUGGUACAACAGUGCUCAAAAUGAAUGCCACAGACCACGAUUCAGGGGCAAAUGCAGUCAUGGCCUAUGUGAUUCAGUCCUCAGACAGCGACCUCUUUGUUAUUGACCCAAACACAGGCACCAUCACCACCCAGGGCUUCUUGGAUUAUGAAGCCAAGCAGGUCUACCAUUUAACAGUUAAGGCCUUCAAUGUCCCAGACGAAGAGCGUUGCAGCUUCGCCAAUGUCAACAUUCAGCUGAAGGGAGCCAAUGAAUAUGUUCCCCGCUUUGUCUCCAAACAGUACUACUUUGAAAUCUCUGAAGCUGCUCCAAAAGGCACAGUUGUCGGGGAAGUAUUUGCUAGUGAUCGAGACCAAGGAGACGAUGGAGUGGUUUACUACCUCAUUUUUGGAAAGAGCAGAAAGAAAGGCUUUAGCAUCAACAAGAAAAGUGGUCAGAUUUAUGUCACAGGUACUUUAGACCGUGAGAAAGAAGAAAAAAUUUCUCUGAAGGUGCUGGCAAAGAACGCAGGAAGCAUCCAUGGAGCAGAUAUCGAUGAAGUGUUUGUCAAUAUAACUAUUCUUGAUGCCAAUGAUCCUCCUGUUUUUACCCAAGAUCUGUAUGACGUGCACGUCAGUGAAGGUCUGUCACCUGGUGGUCUCGUUACAUUUGUAAGUGCUGAAGACUCGGAUUCAGUCCCCAGCUGGAGCAGGUUUUCUUACUCCAUUGUUCCUCAAAUUGAUAAAAACAUUUUUACGAUAAAUCCAAAAACUGGUCAGGUCUCUGUGGCUGCAGAGCUGGACAGAGAAACAACACCUGUGUAUAAUCUGACUGUUCUUGCCGUUGAUACUGGUACACCUCCUGCCACUGGAAGCACCACUGUCAUUGUGAAUCUGGAAGAUAUUAAUGAUAAUGGUCCAACGCUGACAACCACCUAUGCUGAGGUGAUGGAGAACCAGAGAGCUGGUUCAGCAGUUGCAACACUGUCUGCCUCAGACCCAGAUCUAGCCCCCAACCAAGGUCCUUUCUUAUACAGCCUCCUGAGUUCUGGUUCUGCAAACAGCUACUUCAGCCUCAGUUCAUCUGGGGUGUUGACCACCAGCCGGGAGAUAGACAGAGAGCAGAUUAGUGACUACUACCUCUAUGUUGUGAUUAAAGACUCUGGUGUGCCUCAGAUGUCCUCCACUGGAACAAUUCACAUCAAAAUAAAUGAUCAGAAUGACAACCCUUCGGAGCCACGUUCCAUGGAAAUCUUUGUCUUCUACUUUGGAAACACCUUUCCUGGAGGUUCUCUGGGAGAUGUUAAACCACAAGAUCCUGACAUUCAUGACAGGUUCCACUGCUCCCUCAUUCCUCCGUCAUCUGGGCUGUUUACUAUCCCAACAGGAACCUGCAACCUCAAUUCCAAAGCACGCUCAACAGAUGGAACUUUUGACAUAAUCAUUCGCAGCAGUGAUGGUGUCCAUGGUUCAGUUAGCAAUACAGCCAGAGUUGUUUUCAUGAGCUUCAACAAUGCCACUGUGGAUAACAGCAUACUCAUCCGGCUCCAGUCUGAAGGAGUCAAAAGCUUCCUCACUAACCACUACCUCAGCUUCUUACGAAUUGCCAACUCUCAGCUUGCAGGACUAGGCACAGGGGUGCUGCUUUAUGGAGUGUUUGAGCUCAACAAUCAGACUUUUCUCGUGGCAGCUGUGAAACGGGGCCAUGGACAAUAUGUGAGCCCUAGUGGCGUAGCCACAUUCUUCCAGAGUAUCAAAGACAUUUUACAUAGACAGAGCGGGGUGCAAAUAGAUGCGGUGGACCAUGAUCCAUGCAUGCAUAACCCGUGCCAGAAUGGAGGCAGCUGCAAGCGGCGUCUCAGUGUCGGGCCUGAUAUGAAGACAGAAGAAAGUGUCCCUGUGAUCCUUGUUUCCAACUACCCCCUGCAGCCGUAUGCUUGUAGCUGCAGGCCAGGAUAUGCAGGAGCUCUGUGCGAGACAGACAUCGACGAGUGCCAGCCAUCACCCUGCCACAAUGGUGGCACCUGCCACAAUCUAGUGGGGGGUUUCUCCUGCACCUGUCCUGAGGGUUUCACUGGGAUGGCCUGCGAGAGGGAUAUCAAUGAAUGCCUUUCCAAUCCCUGCAAGAAUGGGGCGCUGUGCCAGAAUUUUCCUGGGGGCUUCAACUGUCUCUGUAAAUCUGGAUUUGCAGGCAAAACGUGUGAUUCCAUCAUCAAUCACUGUGAGUGUAACCCUUGUUUUAAUGGCGGUUCCUGUCAGAAUCGGGUGGAUGGAUAUUACUGUCAUUGUCCAUUUGGGGUUUUCGGCAAACACUGCGAGCUAAACAGCUACGGUUUUGAGGAGCUCUCAUACAUGGAGUUUCCCUCUCUGGAUCCCAACAAUAACUACAUUUACAUCAAGUUUGCUACCCUUAAAAGCAAUGCACUGCUGAUGUACAACCACGAUAAUCAAACUGGCGACAAGGCGGAGUUCUUGGCUUUGGAAGUCAUCGAGGGACGGCUGUGCUUCUCGUUUAACCUGGGCAGUGGAACGUAUAAACUGAUGACAAUGAUAAAAGUUUCAGACGGGCAGUUCCACACUGUGAUCGCCAGGAGAGCUGGGAUGGCUGCAUCUCUGACUGUGGACCUGUGUGGUGAGGACCAGGAGCCAGGUUACUGCGCUGUGAGCAACGUGGCAGUUCACACGGACUGGAUCCUGGACGUGCAGCCCAACAGGCUCUCGGUCGGAGGUGUCUGGUCAAUAGAACCUGUCCUUCAUCGCCGCGGUCAGAUUGCCACCCACGACUUUGUCGGCUGUAUCAUGGAGCUUGCUGUAAAUGGACGCCCGCUGGAACCCAGUCAGGCGCUGGCAUCGCGGGGAAUCCUUGACAGAUGCCCGAGACUGGAAGGAGCCUGCACCUCCAGCCCCUGUAGACAUGGAGGAACCUGUUUGGACCAUUGGUCAUGGCAGCAGUGUCAGUGUGUGGACGGCUUUACUGGCAAAUUCUGUGAGAAGUACAUAACAGCAGACACCGCUCUGUCCCUGGAUGGAACCGGCCGACUAGACUACUCCCUGAAGGAAAGUCCCAAACGUGACGUCCUGCUGAGACAAUCGCUGCAGGGUGAGACAUCCAGCGCUGUCGAACCCAGUAGCUUGGAGGUGAAGUUCAGAACACGCAGCAAGACCGGCACACUGCUGCACUUUCAGGAAAGCAGCAACUAUACCACCAUCAAGCUGAGGAACGGUAACGUCCACUACAUCUCCGACGCCGGCGUCGGUGGGAAGGUGGAGAGGACCUUGGGAGAUGUUGUCAUUUCUGAUGGCCAGUGGCACACACUCCUGCUGAUCAAAAACGGCUCGUCCACUUUGCUUCAGGUGGACAGCAGCCAUCCCAGAGUCAUCCAGCACGUGACACAGGACUUCGGAGGUCUCAGUGUUCUGACCUUUUCGUUGGGAGGGAUUCCUCCUGGACCUGCUCAGCUAAAAACUGGAGCAGGUUUUGAUGGCUGCUUGGCUUACGUGAAGUACAGAGGAGAGAACCUGCCUUUUACUGGAGAGCACAGCCUCGCCACCCUAACCAAGACCAGCUCAUCUGUCAAGAUCGGCUGCAGAGGUCCAAACUUGUGUGAGAGCAGCCCUUGUUGGGAUGGCCUGAUGUGUGUCAGCCAGUGGUACACAUAUCAGUGUGUACCGCCUGGUGACUGUGCCUCCAGUCCUUGUCAGAAUCAUGGCAGUUGUGUGCCGGAUCCACAUCUUGGGUUCACCUGUGUUUGCUCAGAGCUCUAUACUGGCAAGACUUGUGAGACCCUGGUGGCCUGUCUGGGUGUACAGUGCCCUCAGGGUACUGUAUGCAACACAGCUAGUGAUGGUGGAUUUGUCUGCAGUCCUAGCCCCACAACAGAGUCCAUGGUACUUCCUAUAUGGGCAGUGCCGGCUAUUGUCGGAAGCUGUGCCACUGUCCUUGCCUUGGUGGUUCUCAGCUUGAUCCUGUGCAACCACUGCAGAGAUCGAAACAAGACCAAGGUGCCAAAAGAACCUAAAGACAAGAAAAUGAAGGAAAAGAAGAAGAAGAAAAAGAAGAAGGGUAGUGAGAAUGUUGCUUUUGAUGAUCCUGACAACAUCCCACCAUAUGGAGAUGACAUGACCGUGCGGAAACAGCCAGAAGGAAACCCAAAACCAGACAUUAUUGAGAGAGAGAACCCUUAUCUGAUCUAUGAUGAAACAGACAUCCCUCACAACAACGAAACUGUCCCCAGUGCCCCCUGUGCCCCCUGCAAUGGACCAGAAGCAGAUAUUGAACACUAUGACAUAGACAAUGCCAGCAGCAUCGCACCUUCAGAUGCAGACAUCAUCCAACACUACAAGCAGUUCCGUAGUCACACACCCAAGUUUUCCAUUCAGAGGCACAGCCCAUUGGGUUUUGCCAGACAGUCUCCUUUACCUCUUGGAGCAACAAGCUACACCUACCAGCCUCAGUACACACAGGCACUAAGGUCCACUCCUCUCAGCCACUCCCACUCAGCUUGUCCCACGCCGAAUCCUCUCUCCAGACAUUCCCCAGCUCCAUUUACCAAACCCUCCUCCUUCUAUCGAAACACUCCCACCAGAGAACUAAACUUGGCUCGACGGGAAGGUAGCCCAAUGGAUAUGCACAAUGAAAUGUGCCAACCACCACCCAUGUUCAACUAUGCCACCCGGCUGGGGAGGCGCAGCAAGAGCCCACAGACAAUGGCCAGCCAUGGCCAUGUCUCUCGGCCGAGCAGUCGGUUGAAGCAGCCAGUUGAGCAGAUCCCCCUGGAGACGGGACCUCCAGUGGGGCUGUCCAUUGAGGAGGUGGAGCGGCUCAACACUCCACGCCCACGAAACCCUAGUAUCUGCAGUGCUGAUCAUGGUCGGUCCAGCUCAGAAGAGGAUUGCCGUAGACCACUGUCAAGGGUGCGCAACCCUGCCGAUGGCAUCCCUGCCCCAGAGUCCUCCUCAGAAAGUGACUCACAUGACUCCUUUACCUGCUCAGAAAUGGAGUAUGACAGAGAAAAGCCUGUCUCCUACAGCUCCCGAGUUCCCAAGCUGUCUCAAGUCAAUGAGUCAGAUGCUGAUGAUGAGGAAUAUGGUGGAAGGCUGAAGCAGAGGCGGUACUCGAGUCGACGGGCAGAAGGAGGGCCCGGCCAGAUGCCCACUACUGAGCAGCACUACACCCUGCCUCACAAACUGGGCCAACAGGCCGGGGGCUUCAACUGGGACAAUCUUUUGAACUGGGGCCCCGGGUUUGGACAGUAUGUAGAUGUGUUUAAAGACUUAGCUUCGCUUCCUGAAAACUCAGCAGCAAAAGACAUUGAAAUGAACAGUGGGGACGGCUCAGUGACCAUUCUAAAUGAAGGAGAAGCUGAGCAAUAUGUAUGAGACUAUUUAUUACAAAGUUGUAGGAUUUAAUGACGUUCUCCGUUAACGAAGGAAGACUGUAAAUUUUGGAAGAACUUUGAACUUUGUUUUUGUGAAUACUCAAUAAGACGACUUUCAAUGCAGUAAGGCAGAAAAAAAAAUCACACCUGUUACUUGUCAGAUCUCAUCAUUGACACCUUGGAUUGCUUUACCAGUCUUUUCUAUGUUUAACUUGUAAAAAGGUGCAUUCAUUCUCUUUGAGGCCUAUUUAGUGCAGAUCUCUGAACACUAAAUGUCUCCUUAAAAACUCCCUCAAUUCAUCAUCAAAGCUUUUUGUUCUAUAGUAUCAAAAAUUAAUCUUCAAUGUAGAAAAAGCUACAUUUAAAGCUGAGAGAUCAGAAAGUGGGUAAAAAUAUCAGUGGCAUAGGAAAACUCUGUAUUUGUCUUUUAAUGGCCCUUUUUAAUUAACCUGCUAGGUUUUAUUAGACAGACACAACUAUGUGAACUUUACUGGUUUGCAUUCUGCAGACUUCUUAGGAUCUGAUCCCAUCCAUCUUACUUCUUGAAGACUGGCUAAAGGCUCCCAAAGCGAGAGGUAAUCGAGUCUUCUGCCUUAUAGACAUUGGAGGAUUCGAUACAGAAGAGCACUUUAUCUUCUCCGUCUUUUUCUGGUCUGAGGAGAUAAGUUUUACUGUUUGUUAUUUUAGGGGAGGGGUAGUGUUUGUUAUAAAUCUUGCAUUAACAUUCUCUGACCACAGUGAUGAUCCUGUAAACAUGAACCCAACUAAAAUAUAUGUACAUUUGUUUCUUUUAUUUCAUGAGAAAUCAUGGAGUAAUUUGUCAUGUUCAUUAUUUUGAUGUGUAUGGUUUCUACAUUUUUGUACUGUUUAUUAACUUAAAGUACUUAAGCAGUGUUUUUAUGGAUAUUUUCAUAUGCUGAAAAGUACGAUCUUACUUUCAGGGAAAGUAAGAUUGAUUACUUAUUUUUUACAUUUGUUACAUAUGUAACAUCAGUAUUUUCCACUUUUGAUAAAACUAUAACUUGCUGUAUGCUUUGUACCUGUAAAAAGCUAUUAACAGAAUAAAAACAGUAUUUAUUUAAACUUA